UGACAAUUUGACACUCUCACACCUCUUGCACGUGUGCAUAUUUACAAAAAAACAGUUUUGUUUAUUUUUUCCACAAGAAUAUAAGAAAAAUAAUAGUUAUUAAAAUCGAAAAUGGAUAAAAUAAAAUUUAAAAAUAAUGCCGAUGAGUAUGAGCCCACAGACUCCGAAGAGGAUUAUAGUGAAGAAGAAAAAGAAUUACUGCAGGAAGUGCGUAAGGGACGAAAAAGAGAUGAGAGCAAACAAAAAGAAGUAUUAGCUUUUACCGAGUCGGAAGAUGAAGGUGAGGAGGACGAGGAAGAUGAAGAUGCCGAAGCAGAAGCUGAAGAUGAUGAGGAUGACGAUGAUAUGGGUUUGGCUGAUAGUGAUAUCGAAGGAGCCGAAGUAAAUGAAGAUGAUUUGCCGGACACUAAAUACUGGGGCAAAAAAACCAGUGCUUACUAUAACACAGACUUUGUAGAUCAAGAUUAUAGUUCAUACAAUGAAAAAGAAGAAGAAUUGGCUAAGUUGGAAGAAGAAGAGGCCAAGGCUAUACAAUUAAGAUUGGCCAAACAAUUAAAGGAAGAAGAUUUUGCUUUGGAUUCCGCAUUUAGCAAAUUAAAGAAAAAUAAAAAAGGUUUAGCAGAAGAAGAGGACAAGUCAUUAAAGGGCACUUUAUUGAAGGCGGAUUUCUCGGGUCUCAGCAAAAGAGAACGUUUGGAAUUGUUUGAAAAAGAUUCACCCGAGUUUGCUGGUUUGGUGGGAGAUUUUGAGGGUUAUUUGGAGGAAAUACAACAGCUGCAUGCUCCCGUUUUAAGGCAUGUUCAUGAACAUAAUUUAAAUAUGAUACCCGCCUUGCAGUUUGCCCAACACUAUCAGAAUAUAGCUAUGACUUACUGUUCCAAUUUGGCUUUUUAUUUACUGCUUAAGGCCAAAAGAUGUUCCAUAGAAAAUCAUCCAAUUAUACAGAGAUUGACUCAGCUAAAGAAGCUGUUAAAUCAAUUGGAUGAUAAACACGAAAAUAUUAUUAAACCACAAUUGGAAGCUUUACUAGAACGCAUACAAGAUGGUGAUGAAUUUGAAAUAUUAGAUUUGAAAAAUGUACCACCACCACCCGGCGAAGAGAAGAGUACGAAACGUAGUAAGAAACAAAGACAAUUGGGCAUAUUAUCUGCUUAUGGUGAUGAUGAAGGUAAUGUAGAAGAAGAAGGUCCAGCUAAAAAGAAAACCAAAAUGGAACAUGAUAACGAUUUGGCUACUUUGGCUGAAAUGUCUUCAGAUGAUGGUGAGGACGACGAUAACGACAAUGAAAUGGUUGAAGAAGAAGAGGGAGAGGAGGGAGAUGCCGAAUCCCGUCGUGGUAUUACCUAUCAAAUUGCCAAGAAUAAGGGUCUUAUGCCUCAUCGCAAGAAGGAACAACGUAAUCCUCGUGUUAAACAUCGUGGCAAAUAUCGUAAGGCUUUGAUCAGACGCAAGGGUGCGGUACGCACAGUGCGUAAGGAAACUACUAGAUAUGGUGGUGAAAUUUCCGGUAUUAAGGCUACUGUUAGUAAGAGUGUUAAGUUUAGAACUUAAUUUGGAAAAUGUAAAUAAUUAUUGGAUUCUUUUUUUUUUUUUUUUGAAAAUAAAGUUUAUUAGUUAAAUAAAGAUUAAAUAAAAUUAAAAA